AAAACUUCAUCAACUCGUGUAUAGAUGGCGUUUCAGGGGAAACUCCUUCCAAUUCCGAGGAUGAAAUAAAACAUGUUUGAAGACACCGAGGAUGUUUCCGCGGAGAAAGCGAAAUUUUUUUCUUACCAUGGUGUUAUUUAACCCUCGAAAUUUUGCAGAGAAAAACUGGGGAACUUGAGGGAAGAAGCUGAGCAAGAUUAUUGAAGCGAAUAAGGCUCUCUACAGAAGAAGUUUUCUGCGCAAAAAAUGCUCGCUCCCAACCGGAAAUGUGCCAUUUGCGACUGCAACUUCACACCCUCGGGCAAUAGUCCUGUUCAGCGGUACUGCAUGAGAACCGGCUGCGAAAAAUUCAAUUUGCAGCAAGAGAAAGUCCACACUACAACUGAUUCGGGUCCAAGAAUUUGCAGAGAAGUCCAAGUUGAAAACACGGCAAAUUGUCGAGCAACUAUGCUUUCACGUGAUGGCGACAAAACAGAGGAAACGAGAUUCGUUCACGACAGUGGAGACAGUAAUCCUAACCUUUCGGGGACAUUCGGGUUUUCCGUGUCCGAAAAGCGUCGCAAAAAAUGUCUGAAGGAACCCUUGACGACUGAUGAAUCGACACUUGAGCCAAUCGACAGCAGGAAACCCAAGUGCUACAUCACCCUUCCUAUCGAGCUUUUGGGCAACGAUCACGACGUGGAUAUUUUGCGAGAUUCUUUGCUUGUGCGAGAAGCUUCAGGUUUGCACAAAAUUUCGCCACAUUCGCAUCGGAAAAGAUUCACAGGACCAAGAAGACAUCAUCACAAACGACAAAUUGUCUUGGAAAGAGUAAUUUGCAUACCGGGAAACGACAGUUGGAAACGCUACGUUAAGGAUUCUCAGAAUGAAGAGGAUCGCCUUCACGAAGUUAGAAGUCGAAGAGAAAAAUCUGGAAAACUUCAGCAACGGAUUGAAAAGGCACCAAACGUUCGAGAAAUGACAGAAGCUGAACGACAGUUUGUCAAAAUUCACAAAUCGCCAAGUUUUCCGAAUUUGUCGUCGGAUCACCGAAAAGUGGAUAGCAAUCGGAAUAACUUCAGAUCGAUUGAAAAACGAAGGUUCAAUUCCAGCGCUAGGACGAUCGGGAAAAAUGCUAGUACAACAACCUGUGACACGAAUCCCAACACUUGGAAAAAUGAAAGUAAAAGAGAAGAACUUUCUCAGAUAUUGAAACAAUUCCUUGACAAAGUGCUGGACGCCAUGGAAAAUGGACAAGCGAUGCAAGGCGAUGCAAGUGCUAACGACAUCAAGGAGUCAGCGUCAAAAACAUCAACGGAACUCUGUUUUGAACAUCAUUCUACAGAUGUCACUAACAAACUUCCCGAAAAUUCUGCGAAAGUGAUCGAGGAAUCCGAAACUCACUGCGGGGAAAAGCUGGAUACUUUCAAUUGCAUCCAACAGACUGACGCAGAUACAAAACCAUCUGCAGAACUCCGCUCCACAUGUAAUCACGAGAAACGACGUUCAACUACAAGCAUUUCAUUACCCAGAGCAACAAGUAAAACUGAAUUACCGAAAGCAAUCCAGAAAUGCGAUUCAGAAACAGAAAAGGAGCUUUCAUCGAAAGCAUUCGACUUUCAACCGCAAGAGAAGUCCUUGAAUCGGUGCAGAGAACUUUCUGGAAAGUCUAAAAGUGCUGACACGAUUACCGGAGAUCGUGUGAAUGCACUGUGUCGUGGAUUUCAUUCUAAUUUGCCAUCCAGUGAGGAAAGUUUGAUGGUCAAAACGAAAAACCUAUUGGAACAAUCAAAAGCUAGAGAAGAAGGUUUGCCGGUACCAAAAGCCCCGGAAAGCUUGAGAAUGUUUUCAACACGCAGCAAAGAAGGACCCCGAUUUUGGAUAAGUGAAAUCCGAGUCAAUCCAGGCGACAAUUUGUACCUCAGCGGAACUUUCCAAAAAAGCCUUUCGACCGUAAACAGCCUUCCUUCGAAUUAUUGCCAGUUCACGUUGGAUUUAUGGAAAAUCCAAAGCCCGUCGCCGAAAAGUUUUGCGAAAGACGAAAGAGUUUUCUUUGUAGAACCUGUUUUUCAAGAACGGAAAAUCGUUGUUGGCAGCGAAGUGGACCGGAAUUGGCGUCAAGAAACGGCCUCGGGCAAAUGUUUUCCAUUCGAAGAAGGAACAUUCUUCAAAUUCGUGCUGCAUUUCAAACGAGAUGGCCUGAUUUUGAAAUGGUUUGGGGUUUUAGAGGUUAAGACUGUGACUCCGAUGCAAACUACAAAGAGCCCAUCAUCAAAGGAACGCGUUUCUACCAGCUCUUUGAAAACUUUGCUAGCUGCUUACGACAGAGCCCGACCAAUUAAACCCAGCCAUGAAAGCGAAGACAGCUUGAACCUGUCGGGUACCUUUGGGUUUUCAGUGUCGGACCGACGGAAAGGCGGUCAUGUCGUUGACACGUCUGUGGACGAAUCCACGACAUCGUCACCGUCGUCGACAUCAUCGUCCUCGGCAUACAUGAAAUCCACACGUCGUGCCAGCGGCGAUUCCAGGCCUAAGAGAUACGUCACGGUUCCUCUCGAACUUUUGAACGACGAUCAUGCUGUCGAUUUGUUACGGGAUUCGCUGAAAGUGCAUAAAUCUUUGGCGGGGAAAACGAGGACUCGUCAGCGACGAUCCAAGAGACCCGGUCAUCGACACGAGCACAAACUCGUCACUGAGAAGAUCAUUUGUGAUUCCGAACGAGAUGGCGGCGAUUCCAGGCCUAAGAGAUACGUCACGGUUCCUCUCGAACUUUUGAACGACGAUCAUGCUGUCGAUUUGUUACGGGAUUCGCUGAAAGUGCAUAAAUCUUUGGCUGGGAAAACGAGGGCUCGUCAGCGACGAUCCAAGAGACCCGGUCAUCGACACGAGCACAAACUCGUCACUGAGAAGAUCAUUUGUGAUUCCGAACGAGAUGGGUUAGAGCACAUAAUUGUCAAGACAAGGGAAGACAUGGAUGCUGCAGAUAUUUUGAGACAUGUGGAAUGGAAACGCUCUUUGUCUUCGCCGAAACUUGAGAAUUGGGCCAAGAUUUCUGGAAAACAGCCAUUAAAUCAAGAGAGAAUGUUGGAGCAUAAGCCAGCUGAUAUAUUGGCACUCAUGGCAACUCCAGCAAAUGCAUUCAGCGCACUUGCAAAACGGGAAAUCCGUAACAACGUUGACUUGUUCCCUUCGACCAAGAAAAGGCACAAAUCGAUGAACAUCCAAUCGGAAAAAGGACACAGAAAAGCCAGAACCAAAUCCAGCCCAUCCAAGCAGCAAAUCGACUACCACGACAUUUGGCUGCUCCACGAAAUCAAGAAAAUCUUGAAAGAUUUCCUCAUGAAAUCUUCGAUUACGAGCAAUCAGAAAUACCUCAGUCGUGAUACAUCACCUGCGAUUCCCAUCGCCACAGAAAAUUUCACUAGUCAUGUUUAUGACAGCGAAGGUGCUCCUGUGGCCGAAGAUCCGAAAAUGGCUGCAAUAAUUACAAGGCCGUUUGAACAUAGUCCAACAAAGAUGUCACCGGAAGUUUCACGGUCUUCGAAAGUUUCAUCGCCUCACUUGACAUCACGAAAAUCUCCCGAAAGCCUUCAACAGUCCGGAGCUGAGAGAGUUUUUGGUUCAAAUUCCUCCAAAGCGCAUUCGCCAAUUAUCAACAAUAAGUCGUCUGAAAAACCGUCCCCGGAAAACAGCUCGCAAAAAUUUGCUAGCGCACACGCUUCCAGCAAUAAGCCAAACUCACCAAUUGUCAAUAACGAGCCAAAAGAAAUUUCCAACGAACUAAGUUCGCAGUGUCCCGCGGACCUAAUCAGCAAAGAAUCGAAACCCGAACCCGACCCGGAAGCCACGUCCCAACUCGUGGAACCCGUGGAAAAGACGUUCCCAAGCGACCAGCAAUCCCAUGUCCGGGAAAUCACUGAAAAGUCAAAGAGUGCCGAUGACGUCAACGAGAAUGUACGUCACUCGAGACUCUGUCGAGGAUUUCAUUCGACACUUUCCUCUGGAAAUGAAAGCAAGAUCCUGACGACAGCGUUUCGCUUGAAUCAAGCAUCUGCUGGAGCUGCUUCGGGGAUGUGUUUCAGUUCUGACAAUAUCGUGGCUCUGGGUGGUGCUGAUCAGCAAAAAGGUUCAACAACUGAUGAUUUUGAGACUGCUUUGAGCAGUGGGAGAAGCUCUGCAAAGGCCUCCAUCAGCAGGGGAAACUGGUCAGAAAUUUUAGAAACAGUUCCAAAGUCGCCUCAAGAUUUAGACAUGGUUCCUUCAGUGAUGAGCAUGACUGACGGAAAAACGAAGUCCUGGAUCACCGACGUGCGAUUAAAGCCCGGGGACAACGUGCUUUUGCGAGGGAUUUUCGACGGUGCUUCAGAAAUUUCGGAAUCACCCACUAAUCCAGCCUCGUAUUUCACAAUCGACUUCUGGAAGAUUCCAGUGAAAACUUCCCCGAAUUCGUCGAAAAGUUUGCAAAGGGCGGAUCGGACGUUUUUCUUGGAAUCCGUUUUCAGCGAGCGAAAACUCUGGGUCGGGUCCAACGUGGAUCCCGGUUGGCGUCGGGAAGUGGCUUCAGGAGACGAUUUCGCCUUCGAAAAGGGCACGGCUUUCAAAUUUGUCUUCUAUUUCAAAACUGACAAUUUCAUUUUGAAGUGGACCGGCGUGAAUGGGAAGGGAGAGCUGAUUUGCAGCUAUUUGUCGCCUGUGGAAGAAACCACUCAUCUCAGGGUCACCAACUGCAAGGAACUCGAAAGUGCCCUCAUUUUUUACUGAUGUCAGUCACUAUAUUUGCGCAGUAUCCAUGCAUCAUUUUCGAAUCCACUUCAACAAUUUUUUUUAUUCAAUCCGGCAUCUCCUUGUAAAAUGUGAGAUUAAAAAUUGAAGCGUUUUUGAUGACCUGAAUA